GUGCACCAAUAAUCAGUAGAAUAAUCAGAAGGUGCGUGCGUGAAUAAGCCACGAGACUAAAACGAGGAAGUCAAAUAAGUGAGUACGUAGCACUCCUGAAUUGAUCAAUAUGACUCCUCGUUGCACGUUGGCCAUCUUCUUCUUGCUCGUUUUCAUCCGACACAUAGAUGGAUCGGGCUUUUGUUGCAACUUGGGCACGCAGACGACGCACCUGCUUGACCCUAGUAUAACUGUGCAGUUAAUGAAAGAUAAUGGAUUUGAAAAAGUGAAACUCUUUGAAUCUGAUGGCACCUAUCUGGAAGCUCUUGCGGGGUCGAAACUCCAGGUCAUGGUUGGAGUCCCUAAUUACUUGUUGUCAACCAUGGCGACUAAACCUGAAGCAGCGGAAGAAUAUGUUGCCAACAAUGUUACCCACUGGAGAUCCAAGGAUGUUGACAUAAGAUACGUUGCUGUUGGGAACGAACCAUUGCUCAAGUCGUACGGUGGAAAUUUCACAAAUUAUACCUUUCCGGCACUCCAGAACAUCCAAGGAGCCUUAGAGAAGGCGGGUUUAGGCAAAACCGUGAAGGCCACAAUUCCAUUCAAUGCCGACAUUUUCUUCUCCCCUACCGGCAGCCCUUCUGGUGGAAUUUUUAGACCUGAUAUUGAAGAUCUCAUGGUUUCGAUAGUCAAAUACAUGAGCGACCACGGAUGCCCCAUCACCGUCAAUAUCUACCCUUUCAUCGCACUUUACUACGAUCCCAAUUUCCCAAUCGACUACGGGUUCUUUGAUGGCGGCGUCGCACCUCUUGUCGAUGGCAAGUAUACUUACACCAAUGCUUUGGAUGCAAACUACGACACCCUGGUCGUGGCCCUGGAGAAAAAUGGAUACGGAUCAUUGCCAAUCAUCAUCGGGGAAAUUGGAUGGCCGUCAGAUGGAAAUCCCAAUGCCAAUGCCUCCCUAGCCCAGAGGUUCUACCAGGGACUUGUCAAGCGCGUCCGGGCCGACGUCGGCACCCCCCGACGAUCAACCGCCCCGGAUAUUUACAUGUUCUCCCUGAUUGAUGAAGAUGCAAAGAGCAUUGCCCCUGGACCUUUCGAGCCUCACUGGGGAAUCUUUAACAUCGACGGGUCCAUGAAGUUCACCCUGGAUUUGGGCGAGGGGAAGAACCUGACGGGGGCGAAGGGUGUCAAGUAUCUUGAGAAGCAAUGGUGCGUUGUGUCGCCUGAUGCAAAUGUGAACGACGAGAAGUUUGCCGCGGCAAUCACCGAGGCCUGCAGCCAUGCGGAUUGCACGGCUCUCACUCCGGGCUCAUCGUGCGGGAGCUUGGACCUUAAGGGCAACGCUUCCUUCGCAUUCAACAUGUAUUUCCAGACAAACGACCAGAAGAGCGGGAGCUGUGAGAAAUUCCAGCCAUACUCGACGAUCACGAAAACGGAUCCCAGCGCCGGAACAUGCAAGUACCCGAUCAUGUUCGAGACGGAAUAUCGAGGAAGCGAACAAGGACACGUGCAACACGGACAAGGGUCGGGAUCGGGAUCGGGAUCAGGAUCGGGAUCGAAUUCAUCGGCUGGAAAGAUCAAUUCCGGUGUUCUUGGGGCAGUGAUGCUGGCCAUGAUCAUGGUUUUCGGCUAUCUGAAUUGAGUUGGGAACGGCAAUGAACUUGUGCGAUUUGCUAUAUUAAUCGCUUUAAUUUGUCUAGUGCAUUUAGUGUUUUUU